UGGUCGAACAGGAGUAGGAGCACUGUCAUCCAUUGGUAGAGCGAGAGCGCUUUUGCUGCGCCGAGAGCAGCCAGGAGCAGUUCUGUCUGCUCCCUCUUAAAAAGCGGAGUGAGUGGAAAACGCAGGAAACCACGUGUUUGGAACGUCAUGUCCGGACAUACCCUCUCAGCAAUCCUCCUCACUUGUUUACAUUUUGCGGCGUCGUGUCGGGCGGUUAUGGCGGCAGCGAAGCGUGCGUGGUGCUCGGGCUCGAACGAUUUUAACGUCGUAGCGGCAGAUUCUGGCAGUGAACGUCCACCUUGCCUGCCUUCAGAUUCACGGAUGGCGGAGGCAGCAAAACGUCGUCGUCUUGCCGAAGUAUUUGACGAGCUAGACGAUGUCAGCAGCGAUAGCUGCUGGAGCUCUACGUCCGAGUCGAGUUCAAGCAGCAGCGACGAUGACGACGAAGUGUAUGCAGCAGCGUUUCAGCAGCUCUUUUCUCUGCCAGAGCGAAGGCCGAAAGUGGAAGCAUAUGUUACAAAGACGGUGGCUAGCUACUCCGACGAGGAGUUCAAAAGAAAUUUCCGCGUCACGCGGCCGGUCGUGGACUUCUUGGCAGCAGAAUUCGCCAAGUCACCGCACUGCCCUCAGAACAGUGAUCAUGGUGGCCUGCCUGCCAAGUCGGCUGAAGAACACAUUCUCUCCUUUCUUUGGUAUGCAGCCAACAAAGCAUGCAUUAGAGAUGUCGCUGGCCGCUUUGAAGUCGCAGAAAGCACUCACCACAGAAUGAUGGGCCGAGUAACUGCAUUCCUGCUCGACAUAGCACCGAAUGUAAUCAAGUUCCCCAGUGACCUGCAGAAGCUUGCUGUGGAUUUUGAGAAGGUAACUAUGCUUUUGUAAACAUGCUAUUUAAGGUAUAAACUACAGUUUUUUUCACACCAAUGUCA